UGCGGUGGAGCAGGUGGGCGGGCGUGCAAGAGUGGUUCCAUGCUGGCCUCGCUGACCACACCGCGCCCUACCGUGUCGGAUGCGGUAAGUCGUCAUGGCCGUUGACGUGUAGCUGUGGGCAGCGGGCGUCGUGUCUCGCGACCAUAGCAGGAGAGCAGCAGCAGAUAUAAAACAGCACGCGCUGAGAGAGGCAGAUGAGAAGGAGAGCGGAGAGCUGAGAGCUGAGAGCUGAGCAUCCCGCAUCCGAUCCAGCUCCCGCCUCGGUCCGGGGCCUGAACCAAGUACACGACGACUACCAGCAACGAAUAGCGCUGCCGCCAUGCAUCACGAAAUCGUCGCCCUCGAGAAGCAGCUUCAGCCGCUCCCCAUUGACGGCUUUGGCCUGCCCGCGGGCACCACAUACACGCUCACCGUCUACGAAUCCACGCCCUCGCGCGAGCUGCUCCACGCGCGCAUCCGCCAUGCCACGAUUGUGAUUGUGACGACGGUCAGACUCGACGCCGAAACACUGCACCCCACCGUGACGCCCCAUCUGCGCUACAUAGCCGUCUCCGCCACAGGCACCGACCCCGUCGACCUCGACGCCUGCCGGGCCCGCCGCAUUCGCGUAACAAACUGCCCAGGCGCCAAUCUGGACGCCGUCUCGGAACAUGCCCUGGGCGUCUACUUUGCCGCCAGGAGACGCACCGUCUUGCUCGACCGCGUAACGCGUGCCCAGCCGAGCGAGUGGAGGGACAAGGGCAGUGUCAUUCACUGCAUGCGUCUUCCCGACGGCACGCCCCCCGUCACGUGCUCCGACGAGGUCAUGGGAAUCAUCGGCUACGGUGGCCUGGGCAAGAGAAUAGCAGCAUUGGGUCGCGCACUGGGCAUGCGCGUGCUCGUGGCUAGUCGCAAGCCGCCAGCCAUGCCCGUCUCCAGUGGCUUUGUCCCCACGCCCAGCACGUCCGAUGAUGGGCGCAUUCCUUUUGACGAGGUGCUCCGCCAGUCCACCGUGCUUGUGCUGUCGCUGCCGCGAAAUCCUGACACGCUCAACCUCAUCUCCACACCAGAGCUGGCCCACAUGAACCCAUACACUGUCAUCAUAAACAUCGCGCGGGGCGGCAUUGUACAUGAAGCCGCUGUUGUGCAGGCCCUGCGGGAGAGGCGCAUAUCGGGCUAUGCUACCGACGUCUUCCAAGUGGAGCCUGCUGGUGGGCCCCAAGAUAGUCCGUUGCUCGAGGAAGAUACAAAGGGCCUCAACAUCACCAUGAGCCCGCACGUCGCCUGGUUCGCGCAAAGAACGAUCAAAAACCUGGGAGAUAUUCUGAAGGCGACGGUGCAAGGGUGGGUCAGCGGCCAGGAAAUCAACGUCAUCGUGUAGCUCCAUGCAGACCUGGUGGCGAGUCGAAGCUGUCGAGUAACGCCUGUGAUAGCCACCUUUCGGGAAUGGCGGCUUUUGGAAAAGUUGUGUCUCCGAUACGGCGGUCCGGCAGUGUUGCGGAAGCGUUGCUCGAUGAGAGUGGGUAUAAAGAGGGCCCCUAUCUCGGUCUAUAGCUCGGAAAUAUUAAGUACACUGCUUGCA